UGCCCCUUAGUAAAGGAGAUCCUUGGUCUUGGAGGGCUGAAAUCCUUGGAAACUCUGAGUAUAAGUGGUCUGAAAGAUCUGUGCAAUCUGGACGGUCUUGACAGUCUCUGCUCUUUGAAAUCCUUGUCACUCAAUUGUUGUUUUGCAUUGGAAAGACUUCCCAGCAUGGCUUCUUUGAGCAAGUUACUUGAUUUAAGUAUCUCUUCUUGCUCUCAUCUCACAGAAAUCCAAGGCCUUGGAGGGCUGGGAUCAUUGCAAAUGCUUUUCAUUCAGGGUGCAAAUAGUUUAAGCCGUCUCUUUGGCUUUGAAACUCUCCUGUCUCUGAACAAGUUAGGAAGUUUAGAGAUACGUUACUGCCCUCUUCUCACGUUACUACCAUUCCAUGGCCUUGACAGUGAAUGCCCAUCAGAAGCUCUGGUACUCAACUCUUUACGGAGGCUAUUCGUAAGUGAAACAACAGGUCCAGUGCUGCAGAUCUUCUGUCGGAUGAUUCAGCUGUUAAUGUUCCCGAAUCUCACUGUGUUGGUACUUAUUGGGGACGAGAUUGGUAUUACUGACACGGAAUUGCAGCUGGAUGGGCUCGAGUCUAUGGAAGAGUUGGUUAAACUGCACUUGUACAACUUGCGCUCAAUAAGGAGACUGCCUUCCUUGUCAAUGUUGGUGAAUUUGGAAAGUUUAGUUGUCAUAAAUCUUCCAAAUCUGCAAGAGAUUGAUGGCCUUGCUGGUUUGAAAUCCUUGGAAGAGCUAUGUCUCAUCAAAUGCACAUCCUUGGAAAGAUUGCCUGUGGAUCAGUUCUAUGGUUUGGAGCAAUUGAAAAAAUUGAAAGUGAAAAAUGUUCCAAGGUUGCGACUGAUGGAAGGCCUAGCUGGUUUGAAAUCCUUGAAAGAGCUAAGCCUCAUCAAAUGCACAUCCUUAGAAAGACUGCCAGCGGAUCAGCUAUAUGGUUUGGAGCAAUUGAAAAUGGUGGACAUCUAUGGUUGCACAAACUUGACCUUGACUGAUCUAUCUGCUCUAAGAGAACUAGAGCCGAGAGUGAUGAUAGAGUGGCCAAAUUCAAUCUCCAUACAUAACGAUCCUUUCGAGGACAGCAACGAUACUUGGUUUGUCAAAAGCGGCUACUUCGUUUGAGUGAUUGUGAUUAUUAAAUCAAAAUAUAUAAACAGACAGUUUUCUGGCUACUUAUUCAGUAUUUGUCUUCCCUCAUAUAACUUCUCUCUCAUCUGUGCACAAUGUGGACAUUCUGUGAUAGUCUACUCCAUGCAAUCAUUGACAGUUGAACUAAUAGUGAUGCAGUGGAAAGACUGCACAGCAAGUGUGUUGAUACUCUCUACUCUGUGAAAUCAUUGACCGUUGAAGAUUGUGAUGCUUUGGGAAGACUGCCCGACAUGGCGUCUUUGAGCAAGUUGCUUGACUUAAGUGUCUCUUCCUGGCUUUGUCUCACAGGAAUCCAAGCUCUUUAAAGAGCUGAAAUCGUUGCAAAUGCUUCACAUUCUUGGUGCAAAGAGUUUAAGUCGUAUCUUCAGUUUUGAAACUCUAUCGUCUCUUAACAAGUUAGAUAUCUAAAAGUCCAAUGGACAAAGUAAACAGACAAACAAAGCCAGCUAGUAGCUAAACCGUCAGGCCCAAAAGAAAAAAGUAAAGAGAUGACAAAGAGCAACACAGGCCCAUUCCGAAGGUCAAGAAGAGGGGUGGAAUACUGGAAUCUAUUGCCGGCGGUCGUCGCCUGUUCCUGGACUUGAUCGCAUCUUGAUCUUCCCUCAAGUCUCUGCAAAAUCUCUGCAACUGUAUAAUAAUGGGAAACCAUACUCCUCCUGUUCCCCCAAGUCUUCGCGUCACCAACCCCAACUCCUCCUCGUCGGUUUCUACCUCCUCCCCUCCAUUUCCAAAAUUCGCAGAAUCAGCCGGUAUACGAAAACGUCUCUUUCUCUCCUCUGAAUUCUCGUCUUGCGCUGUAGCUGUCGCCUUCUGCGAAAACGCCUGUUCUCCUAUACAAAGAUGCGGUCGGCUGAUAGGAACCAUGGCUCCUCAACUAGUAUUGAUGAUGAUUGGUUUGAAAAAAACAAGAGACAAAAAUCAAAUAGUGUUGAUUAUGCCUCUUCACCACACUGGGAUGUUGCUGCUUCUGCUCCCCCCUCUGCAAAUUCUAGUCUCCAGUCCCCGCCAUGGGGAGAGUACGAGGUGUUUUUGAAUUACAGAGGUCAAGACACUCGUUAUCAGAUCACUGAUAUCCUGUAUCGGUUUCUCGUAAACUUGAAAAUUCGCACGUUCAAGGAUGACGAUGAGCUCCGUAACGGGGAAGGGAUAUGGCCCAGUCUUGCAAAGGCUAUCGAGCAAUCCAAGAUAUAUGUUACCAUCUUCUCUGAAAAUUAUGCUUAUAGCAAAUGGUGCCUCAGAGAGCUUGCUGCCAUUGUCAAACGUCUAGAGCAUGACAAGUGUUGCAUCAUUCUUCCCAUUUUUUACAUGGUGGAUCCGAAAGACGUCAGGAAUCAAAGUGGUCCAUAUCAGAAUGCAUUUGAUAAACACGGGAUGAAUUUUGACCAAGAGACAAUAGAGGUUUGGAAAGAUGCUCUGAAUAGGGUUGGAUCUCUGAAGGGAUGGCAUGCCGAAAGCAGUAACGAGCAGGGGGCUAUAGCAGAUCUUGUUACUGGCAUUGUGUUGUCACAUCUAAGUAAGAAAAAUAAUGUGUUAGAGAUUGAUAAGUUGAUUGGAAUUGAUGCCGACAUAAAAGCAGUAAAAGAAAUAAUGACGCUAGGCUCCGGAGGUGUGUCAAUUGUUGGAAUUCAUGGUAUUGGUGGUAUUGGUAAGACCACUAUUGCCAAGGCGGUCUUUAACAAAGUAUCUGCUCAAUUUGAUCGUUGUAGCUUUGUGGAAAACGUACGAGAAAUGCUACAUAGUAAAGAUGGUGUUAUCACUUUGCAAAAGCAUUUAGUCUCAGACAUCUUGAGGAGGAAUUUUGUUGAGUCCAUUGCCAAUAUUAGUGAAGGUAUCAGAAUAAUACGAGAUAGGAUUUCUUGUUUCAAAUGUCUUAUUGUUCUUGAUGAUGUGGACGAGAACUUUGAAUUUGAAGAGGUGUUAGGAAAAAUUGAGAAUUUUGUUUCGGGGAAUAGAUUUAUCAUGACUUCGAGAAACGUAAAAGUAUUAAGAAUAUGGACCGAAGAUUGCAAGUUGUAUAGAGUAGUAGAAAUGAGUCCUCAACACUCACUCCAACUUUUCUGCAAACAUGCUUUCAAAAUGGAUUGUCCUCCAUCAAGUUAUGAGAUUUUGUCAAAGGAUAUUGUCUCUGUUGCAGCAGGACUUCCAUUGACUCUUAAAGUUGUAGGGUCACUUUUAUUUAAAGAGGAGGAAGUGAUUUGGAAAGACAAAUUGAGAAGGCUAAAAGAAAUUCCAGAGGAGAAGGUUGUAGCAAGAUUAAAGAUAAGCUAUGAUGCAUUAAGUGAAGAUGCGAAGCGAAUCUUUUUAGAUAUUGCUUGCUUCUUCAUUGGAGAGGACAAAGAGAUGGCUUCUUAUAUGUGGAGUGAUUGUGGCUUGUUUCCAACGACUAAUAUCAAUAUUCUUAUUCAAAGGUCUAUGAUUGACAUUGUGUUCAAUGAUUAUCACAAUACACAUUUGUUCCGAAUGCAUGAUCAGCUCAGAGAUAUGGGUAGGGAAAUCGUAUGCCGAGAAAACAUAACGCGUCCAUGGAAGAGAAGUAGGAUAUGGUCAAGGGAGAACGCUUUGGAGAUGUUACGUAACGGAAAGGGAACAAAGCAGGUCGAGGGCAUUAGGCUACACUAUGGUUAUGACUUUGAGGGGAAGCUCGGGAGGAAAGAAUGUUUCAUGAAGUUGUCAGAGUUGAGAUACUUGGACAUGCAAGGUGUUAAAAUGCCCAUAGAUGACUUCAGUAAUUACGUUCCAAAUUUAAGAUGGCUUCGGCUGUCGAUUGGAGUUUUGUCUAUACCUAAGUUUAGUAUGGAAAAUUUGGUGAUUCUUGAACUCUUCACCUGGCUGGGAGAUGAGUCUGGAGCUUUGAAGCAAAUCAAGAUGGCGAGCAAGCUCAAAGUUCUUAAACUUUCGUGUGGUUCCUUGGACGAAUUUCCGGAGUUUUCUCGUUCCGGGAGUCUAGAGAUUUUAGAUGUGGAGACUAGCUUCUUCCGUCCACCAUGGUGGGUCCGUACGGACCUGGAUAUUGGGAAUCUGAGGAACCUAAAAGUCCUUCGUCUGAAGAAUUGUUGGGUAAUGAGAAACAUUAGAGCUGGAGCCAUUGGGAUGAUGCCAUUUGAGAACCUAAAAGUGUUGCAUCUGGAGGGUUGUUGGGUAACAGAGAUAACAGGUGGAACUGUUGGAAUGAUGCCAUUUGAGAACAUAAAAGUGCAGCAUCUGCUUCCAUCAUCUCUAACCACCCUCCUCAUUAUAGAUUGUCCAAAACUGGAGUGGCUCCCCAAUCUAGAGAAUCUGGAGAACUUGUCUUCCUUAUCCAUCGUUGGCUGUCCCUUGCUCAGAGAGAUCCUAGGGCUUGGAGGGUUGAAAUCCUUGGAAGCUUUUAGUAUAAGUGAUCUGAAAGCUCUGUGCGAUAUGGAAGGUCUUGGCAGUCUCUAUUCUUUGAAAUCCUUGUCACUUAAAGGUUGUGAUGCGUUGACAAGACUGCCCAGCAUGGCGUCUAUGAGCAAGUUACUCCAUUUAUACGUCUCUUCCUGCCCUUGUCUCACAAACAUCCAAGGCCUUGGAGGGCUGGAAUUACUGCAAAUGCUUCACAUUCAUCAGGCAAUGAGUUUAAGCUGUCUCAUCGGAUUUGAAACUCUUCUGUCUCUGAACAAGUUAAAAGUUUUGAAGAUAAGUGACUGCCCUCUUCUCACAUUACUAACAUUCUAUGGCAUUGAUGAUGGAUGCCGAUCACAAGCAGCGGUACUCGACACUUUACAGGAGCUAGACAUCCAUGGAACAGCGCUGGUGCUGCAGAUAUUCUGCCGGAUGAUUCAGAUGUUAAUGUUCCCGAGUCUCACCGUGUUGAAACUAAGUGGUGUGAGAAUUUGUAGUGCUGACACGGGAGUAGAGCUGGAUGGGGUGGAGUCUAUGGAAGAGUUGGUUGACUUGCAAUUGUAUGACUUGGCCUCAAUAAGAAGAUUACCUUCCCUGUCAAAGCUGAGAAACUUGAAAAAUUUAAAGGUUGCCAAUGCUCCAAAUCUGCAAGAGAUUGCGGGUCUUGCUGGUUUGAAAUCCUUGGAAAGGCUAGAUCUCACCGGAUGCACAUCUUUGGAAAAAUUUCCGGCUGAUGAGCUAUCCGAUUUGCAGCAAUUGAAGACUGUGAUUGUCAGUGGUUGCACGAACUUAAUUGACCGAUCUGCUCUAAGAGAACUUGAGCCGAGUGUGAAGAUAUGGUGGUAACUGCGCCUCUGCUACUGAGGUAGUGUGAUAACAUCGAGUCUUCAUCCUAUUCCACGUUCUUAGAUACUGACUUUCCUCAUUCCAGGACUCUGGAGAACUUGAGUUUUCCAUGAAGUGAUGCCCCUUCCUGACAGUCUGGCUUCUUUGAGCAAGUUACUUGGUUUAUAUAUCUCUCUGCUAUAGGCUUACAGAAAUCCAAUGUUUUUGAGGGAUGAAAUAGUUGCAAAAACUCAAAUGUUUUAUGCAGAGUUUAACUUGUCUGCUCAGUUUUGAAAUUCUCUGUCUUUUAACAAGUUAGAAAUCUUAUGAACAAUAAACUGCCCGCUUCUCACAUCAUUACCAUUCCAUGACCUUGACGAUGAAUGUCGAUGAGAUGCUGCGGUACUCUACUCUCUACGAUAUGAUCUUUGUAUCAAGAAGCGGCGCCUUCUGCAGAUUUACUGUGGUAUGAUUUAGCUGUUAAUGUUCUCCCGUCUCAGUGUAUUUCAUCUUAGUGAUUCGGGGAUUGCUGAGGCCCACAUGACAUGGAACCAAGGCUGGAUUGGCUCGAGUCUAUGGAGGAGUUGGUUCGACUGGCUAUGGAUUGCCUGUGCUCGAUAAAGGAGUCUACCCUCCCUGUCAAAGCUGCAAAACUUGAAAGAGUUAACUGCCACUGGUGCUCCAAAUCUGUGGGAAGAUUGAGGGCCUCCUGGUCUGAAAUCCAAGGAAGAGUACUGCACAUCUUCAGAAAGAUUCAUGGCGCAGAUGAGCCAUCUGGCUUGAACCAAUUGAGAAGCAUAACCAUCUGUGGUUGCACAAGGUUCAAUAUGUAGAGAUGAUCUGUUGGCUGUGAUGACGGUGUUAGUAGUGUAGGAGUGCAAUUUUUCAAUCUGUAGGUACUGAUUGCAUAGGUUACAUUUCUGUAGGUACUGAUUGCAUAGGUUUUAUCUACGCGGGACGUCGUAUCUUCCAACCAGCUGAAGACAUUCGGCCUGAUCCUUACACUAGUCUCAACUAUCAGGGCUACCCGAGAUCGGUGAUAAGCUAGUUUCCUUCCUUAGCUGUGCAUUUUAAUGUUGAACUCUUGUGUCGAUAGCAGAAUUCUAUCCCUCUACUCGCUGCCUGUGCCCCUAAUUUCUCAGCAUGAGAGUGCCACUGUGAGGAAGUAUAUGAGAAGAUGACGGGGGAAAACAGAUGCAAUGACCAACUGUCUAGCUACGUGGGCUAAGCCCAAAAGAAAACAGACAAACAAUGGAAACUACACCGUCAAGCCCAAAAGAAGUGAGAAAACAGAUGCAAAGGAAAGGAAUGCCUCAACCCAAUUCCAAAAGCGAGAGAGGGGAAUCUAGUAGUUUCCGGUGGUCGUCGCUCCUGAAUGUGGUCGGUUGCCGUCUAGGGAUCCUCCUUCUCCAUUUCCGGAUAUUUGGUGCGUAUCUUCCCUCAAGUCUGCAAAACCUCUGCAACUGAAGUCUACGCGCCUUCUCCACCAACCCCAACUCUGCUUCGUCGGUUUCUAUAUCCAUACCCUUCUAUUUCGCUUCUCCUCUCCAGUUCCAGAAUUUGCAGAGCCAGGCAAUAACCGAAAACACCUCUCUCUUUGCUCAAAUGGAUUACAUGGACGGAAGAAGUUCCCACGGAUCAAACGUUACUGUUGAUAAUGCCUCUAGAGAAUCGGACACUGUUGCUUCUGCUUCUGAACCUGCAGAUUCACAUUCGCUGCCCCUACCAUUUGGAGAGUACGAGGUGUUCCUGAAUUUCAGAGGUCCAGACACCCGUUAUCGGAUCACCGAUAUUCUUUAUCGUUUUCUUGUUAACUUGAAGAUCCGCACUUUCAAGGAUUAUGAUGAGCUCCGGAAAGGGGAAGGGAUGUGGCCCAAUCUCGUCGAGGCUAUCGAGCAAGCCAAGAUUUAUGUACCCAUAUUUUCGGAGAAUUAUGCUUAUAGUAAAUGGUGCCUCAAAGAACUUGUGGCGAUUGUUGAGCGCCAAGAGGGCAACCAGGGUUGCAUCAUACUACCCAUUUUUUACAUGGUGGAUCCCAAAGAUGUCCGACAUCAAAGUGGGCCGUAUUGGAAUGCAUUUGAAGAACACAAGAAGAAUUUCGAUGAAGAGACCGUUCUAGUUUGGAGAGACGCUUUAAAUAAGGUUGGAGCUAUGAAGGGAUGGUAUGUCAAAAGCAGUGAUGAGCAGGGGGCUAUAGCAGAUCUUGUUACUGGGGAUGUAUGGUCACACCUGAGUAAGAACAAUAAUGUGUUGGAGACUGAUAAGUUGAUCGGAAUUGAUGGUCACAUAGAAGCAGUAGAAGAAAGGAUGACCCUAGACUCUGACGGUGUGUCAAUUGUCGGCAUUCAUGGUAUUGGCGGUAUAGGUAAGACAACUAUCGCCAAGGCUUUCUAUAACAAAGUAUCUGCUCAGUUUGAUCGUUGUAGCUUUGUGGAAAGCGUACGAGAAAUGUUACUUAAGAAGGAUGGUGUUAUGACUUUGCAAAAGCAGUUAAUCUCAGACAUCCUGAGGAAGAAUUCUGUUGAAUCCAUUGCCAAUAUAAGUGAGGGUAUAAAAGUUAUAAGAAAUAGGAUUACUCGUUUCAAAUGCCUUAUUGUUCUUGAUGAUGUGGACGAGAAGUUUGAAAUUGAAGAGGUGUUGGGGAAUAUCGAGAAUUUUGUUUCAGGAAGUAGAUUUGUCAUGACUUCCAGAAAUGUAAAAGUAUUGAGUACUUUGACUACAGAGUGCAAGCUGUAUAAAGUACUAGAAAUGACUCAUGGCCACUCACUCCAACUCUUCUGCAAGCAUGCCUUCAAAAUGGAUUCUCCUCCAUCAGGUUUUGAGACUUUGUCAAAAGAUAUUGUCUCUGUUGCAGCAGGACUUCCAUUGACACUUAAAGUUGUAGGGUCUCUUUUAUUUCAAGAGGAGAAAGUGAUUUGGGAAGACAAACUGAGACAGUUAAAAGAUAUUCCAGAGGAGGAGGUUGUGGAAAGGUUAAGGAUAAGCUAUGAUUCCUUAAACGAAGAGGCAAAGCAGAUUUUCUUAGAUAUUGCUUGUUACUUUGUUGGAGACGACAAAGAGAUACCUUCUUAUAUGUGGAGUUCUUGUGGGUUUUUCCCAGUAACGAAUAUCAAUAUUCUUAAUCAGAGGUCUAUGAUUGAGAUUGUUUGUGAUAUUGAAAAACAAAAAGUGUUCCGAAUGCAUGAUCAACUCAGAGAUAUGGGUAGGGAAAUUGUACGUCAAGAAAACAAAAGACAUCCAUGGAAUAGAAGUAGGAUAUGGUCCGAGGAGAAAGCUAUGGACAUGUUACAUAACAAAAAGGGAACAAACAUAAUUGAAUGCAUUAGAAUGAACUCCUCAUCCGGUGAUGGUGUUGUGGAGGAGCUUGAGAUUGUGGGGAACUUUGAAAGUGAAUGCUUUAUGAAUUUAUCAGAGGUGAGAUUCAUUGACGUACAAACUAAGAUGCUCCCUAGCGACUUCGCUGAUUAUCUUCCAAAUUUAAGAUGGUUUCGAUGGAAGUUUGGAUACUGUGGGUGUAUGCCUAAGUUUCAUGCGGAAAAUAUGGUGAUUCUCGAACUCUUAACCCCGGUGAAAGAUGAUUGGGGAGGUUUGAGACAUCUCAUGAAGGUAUGCACUAUUGUUAAUGACAGAGCACUUAAGAUGGCGAGAAAGCUCAAAGUUUUGAAACUUGUGGGUAAGUUCUUGAUAGAAUAUCCCGACUUUCCACGGAGUUUAGAGAUAUUGUAUCUGCAGGAUUUCGGGCCUCGGUUGUCCCAUAAGGAUCUGGAUAUUGGGAACUUGAGGAACCUAAAAGUUCUGCAUCUAUGGUUUUGUGAGGUAGGAGAGAUAAGGGGUGGAACCAUUGGGAUGGUGAAGGGGCUUCAAGAGCUCAAUAUCAUCCAUUUAAGGGUUGAGGAGAGUCUGAGAGCAACACUUGCCGAUAUUGGGGAUUUGCAGUUUCUUGAAAUCUUGAGAGUAGAUGUAAUCGCUGAUGUGGGAUUGGCAUCAGUUUACGAGAAUUUGUUACUGAAUACUAAGCUUCCUACAAGUUUGAAGGAGCUGGAGACUACAUCUCCAGUGGCUAACCUUCCAGAGCUGGUGGAGUUGGAGGAACUAGUCAUUCGAUAUUCCAAGUAUGGGCUUGGGAUCCCUCCAGCACACAGUAGUUAUAUGUGGUGCAAGUCAUCCAAAUUGAAGUCUCUGACUCUGCAAGAAACAAAGAUGAUGACAAUGGCAACUAAUACAUCUAGUCCUUUCUUGCCGCUGCUUCCAUCGUCAACUGGGUAUGGUCUUGAGAUCCCUCCAGUAGACAUUAGUGAUAUGUGGCGGAAGCCAUCCAAAUUGGAGUAUCCGACACUGCAAGAAACAAAGAUGACGAUGCCAACUAAUACCUUUAGUCCUUCUUCCUUGCCGUUGCUCCAUCACAUGUUGGAGUUGGAGACAUUGAAACUAGUUCAAUCUGGGUAUGGGCUUCAGAUCCCUCCAGCAGCUAGUAGUGAUAUGUGGUGGAAGUCAUACAAAUUGAAUAUUCCAACUCCUUAUAAAAAAAAGAUGACUAUGCCAACUCCUUAUAAAAAAAAGAUGACUAUGCCAACUAAUACCUCUAGUACUUCUUCCUUGCCGCUGCUUCCAUCGUCGCUGACCACCCUUCACAUCAAGAUAUGUCCAAAACUGAAGUGGCUCCCAAAUCUAAAGAAUCUGGAAUACUUGACUCACUUAUACAUCUCAGGAUGUUCCUUGCUUAAUGACAUCCCUGGUCUUGGAGGGUUGAAAUCCUUGAUAAGUCUGAGUCUAAGUGAUAUGAAAGCUUUAUGCAAUCUGGAUGGUCUUGAUAGUCUCUAUUCUUUGACAUCCUUGACACUAGAAGGCUGUGAUGCACUGGGAAGACUGCCAAGCAUGGCAUCUUUGAAGCAAUUGAAAAAGUUAUCCGUCAGUAAUGCUCCAUAUCUGCGGGAGAUUGGGGGCCUUGUCGGCUUGAAAUCCUUGGAACAUUUAAAUCUGUAUAGUUGCAGAUCUUUGGAAAGACUUCCUGUUGAUGAGCUAUCUAGUUUGAAGCACUUGAGGAGGGUAGAGAUCAAAGGUUUCUCGCAGAUCAGCUCCAAUACUAUCUCCUCUCUACGAAAACUAGAGCCGAAUGUUAAGAUAAUUGUUGAGCCUCCUAAUGUGGCGAACGAAUUGCCGCUGGAGGGACUCGAGUCCUUGGAAGAGUUAGCUACUCUGCGGUUGCUUCGCUUGGCUACACAGAAAUUACCUUCCCUGUUAAAACUGCAAAAGUUGAACGAGUUGACUGUCAUUAAUGCUUCUAAUUUGUACGAGAUUGAGGGCCUUGCAGAUAUGAAAUCCUUGCAAAUCCUACACCUCGUGAGAUGCACAUCAUUGGAAAGAUUGCCCAAGGGACUGCCUGGUUUGAAGCAUUUGCGAGAGUUAUGCCUCCAAGGAUGCAGAAACUUGAGUGACCUCUCUGCUUUGUCCUACCUACCGCCUGAAGUUACUGUACGAUUGCCAAAUUCUCUAGUCUCGUACAGCUCAUGCUCGAGCUCGGAUUUUGUGGUGCAACGCAAGAUCCAAUCUUUGUCGUCUCCAAGUAUUGGAUUUUUCAACCACCGACAGAUCUCUGUUCUCCAUCGUAGAGCUAGCUCCACCCGCCUCCAACUUCUUCUAUCGCCUUCUACUGAGACAUUCGGCCUGAUCCUUUCACUAGUCUUGACUAUUAAGGCCACCUGA